AUGGUCCAAAAAUAAGGAGCGACUAUGUCCUUCUCUCAGUUCGGAUACCCCUACAGCACCACUUCACAGUUUUUCGUGCCCGCCAACCCCAGCACGACCUGCUGCGAAGCUGCCCCCCGCUCCGUGUCGGAUGCCUCUCCGGCGCCGGCCGCCGCCACUCUCUGCUGCGCCCCAUAUGAGAGCCGGCUGCUGGCGCCCGCCCGCGCGGAGCUCAAUGCUGCCCUGGGCAUGUACGGGACCCCGUACGCCGCCGGCCAGGGCUACAGCAACUACCUGCCCUACAGCGCGGAACCCGCCGCGCUCUACACUGCGCUGAACCCCCAGUAUGAGAUCAAGGACGGCACCGGAACGUUGCACUCGGGAAUCUCGCAGCCCGCUGCCUACUACUCGUACGAUCAUUCCUUGGGGCAGUACCAGUACGACAGGUACGGGACUGUGGAUUUCAGUGGCUCGGCCAGACGCAAAAACGCAACGCGAGAGACGACGAGCACUCUCAAGACCUGGUUGUACGAGCACCGCAAAAACCCCUACCCCACCAAAGGAGAGAAAAUCAUGCUGGCCAUCAUCACCAAAAUGACCCUGACUCAAGUGUCCACUUGGUUUGCUAACGCCAGACGGAGGCUCAAGAAGGAAAACAAAAUGACCUGGUCUCCCAAGAACAAAGCAGGAGAAGAGAGGAAAGAAGAAACCACGCGGGAAGAUGAAGAAUACAGCACAGAGAACGACGGCAGAGAGCAGAAGAGCUGUAAAGAGGACAAGGAGCUGCAGUUCAGCGACCUGGACGACCUGGAGGAGGAGGAGGAGGAAGAAGAGGCGGGGAAGCUGGAGAAGGGCCGGGCCAGCUCCCUGCAGGAAACCCCCAGCCUCGGUGCGGCGCUGCCCGAGGCCCCGCGAAGCGACUGCAGCCUACCCGACCCCUUCCGCGCUUUUCCCUGUGCCAAGGCCCCUGCUGUGGACUUCAUCCCCGCCUCCCUGGCUGGCCCGCCGCCGCCCUACGCGGCCGUGGAGAAGCCGCGGAUCUGGUCCCUGGCGCGUACGGCUGGGGCCAGCGCGGCGCGCAGGGGCAGCCCCGAGGGCCGCGGCACGGAGGAAGGCAGCGGCGUAGCAGGGGAACAACACCUGCCCGCCAAAACCUUCGGGAGUUCCUCUUUCAACCUGCAGCCGCUCCCGCGAAGCUGCGCAUCCCACCGCGGCCUGGGGGAGUCGUGCCAGUAUGCGGCGGCGGGCGAAGGCUUCGGGCGGGGCACCAAGGGCGGCCCAGGAGGCGGUGAGCUGAGCGGAAGCUGUUUGGACAGGCUGCGGACGGCGUUUCGGCCGGUGCUGCGGAGGUGAGGGUCGCCGGCCCCUUCUGAGCCCUGGCGACGGGGCACCGGCUGCAACGAGGCUUGGAACAAACGAAGGAGAUCUCUCCCUGGGACGGCGAUGACCUCCUCGGCCAGCAAGCACAGCCCGCGGCUCUGACUUCCCCUGCCGUCGCAGGAAACACGGCCCGCCGCGAUAUAACGUGCUGCUCACAUGGGGCCGAGGGGCGCGGCGGGCGGAGCGGCAGCCCUCGCAGGACCGUUCACUCGCCUGCUGUUUGCGCAACACCCCUCAACCUCUUUGCCAAGAAAACAAAAAGGACAGAGAAAAAAAUACUAAUCUUUUCUCUGUGUUUCCCUACGUCGUGGAUAGUUUUUCCUUCCCCUCCUAAAGCUACUGCCGGUACUCGGCGCCCCGCUCUGCAAAGGUGCGAUCGGUCACGGCAGCUCCACCCGAACUAGCUGAAGGAGGAGCGGCGCAGGUUACGCCGCGCUGUUUGUGCCCCGUCGCUGUACAUAGAUACCACAAAGUAUUUUUCAGAGUCUCUAAUUAACACGGAUGAGUUGAACGCCGUGAAGCCGUCCUGUGACCCCGGGAUUUCCGCAGCCAGGAGCCGGCGCCGCCCAUGCGGAGCAGCCCCAGGCACCCGCCGCCCGCCCCGGGGCACGGCCGGGGCACCCCCGGGCAGCGGGUGGCGACCAGGCGGCGAAGUAGGACGUUGUUAGUGGGUCACCACCGUCAGUGAAAAGAGCAGUGCUGCACUUUACAGGACAGAUGAGAAA